CAGGUGACACCCAGCAUGCAUGGGGGUGAGCAGCCAGCCCUAGCAAAGCUCAGGGCGCCACGGUGACGUCAUCACACCGUCUGGAAACCAGACGGCCAAGAUGGUGUCCAAGUACCACGUGAUGAAGCCCAUUGGGGAGGGGGCGCAGGGCAGGGUUUUUUUGGUUAGGGAAAGAAACCCCCCCCUGGUUAGGGACGAGGUCACCGGGGAGAUGAAGAAGGAGCGGAGGGACUGGGUGAUGAAGGUGGUCCCGCUGCCGAGGAAAGAGAAGGACCGGGAGGGGUGCAUCAGGGAAGGCUCGACGAUGAUGAAGCUCAGCCACCCGAACAUUGUCGGGUGCAAGGAGAGCUUUGUGGACAACCACAACCGGCUGUGCCUCGUGUUGGAGCAGUGCAGAGGGGGGGACCUGAGGGGACACAUCCAGCGCCAUGCAAACGCGCACACACAUUUCACGGAGGAUGAGGUCAUUGACUGGUUUGUACAGCUCGUGUUGGCCCUGGACUACUUGCACCGGAACAGAAUUCUGCACCGGGACCUGAAGUCCGGGAACGUGUUCAUGCGGAACAAGAACGACUUUCCGAAGGGGAACGUAGCGACGAUCCAGCUUGGGGAUUUCGGCAUUGCGCGCGUGCUGGACGACACGCACGCGCUGGCCAACACGUUCGUGGGCACGCCCUACUACAUGAGCCCCGAGCUGUUCGAGGGGAAGGCCUACAACCACAAGUCAGACAUGUGGGGUUUGGGCUGUUUGCUGUACGAGAUGCUGGCCCUGGAGCACCCGUUCAACGGGAGCAACCUGGCGGAGCUGUCGGUCCACGUCAUGAACGCCGAGUACAAGCCCGCGCCGCCGCACUACAGCGCCGACCUCCACGCGCUGCUCGGCGCACUUUUGGCGCCGACGCCCGCCGACCGCCCGACCGCGGCCGCGCUCCUGAUGACGCCCGCGCUGAGGGAGCGCACCGCCACGUACGUGCGCUCGUGCAUCGAGGCGCGCGCGCGCGCGCUCCAGGAGGAGGAGCCCGCGACGCCGACUCACGCGCGCCGCAGCUGUAUGUACGAGGCGGUUCUGGAGCAAGCCCAGCGCCUCGGAAUGGCUGACGUCAGCCCAUCGUCACUAACGUUCGAACUGGCCGAAUCUUUGGCCACGAGCGCCGUGCUUGAAAGGCGGCGAGAGACGAGCCUUGAGCGGUUUGACGAGGCGCGGGGUGACGUUCCGGCGGGCGAGACGAGCGGAAUCCAGCGGGCGGAAUACCAGGGAAGUUAUUCGACGGACGGAAGGACGGAACGGGAAGGGAGCGACCGUUACGAAGCGCCGCGGGCAGAAGCGAACGGGAGUGAAAGGGCGGAAGCCAGCGGAAGGAAAUGGACGGAACCGAGGGAAAGCCAGCGGGCGAAGCCGGAAGAGGCGCGCGCAAAAGAGCCGGAAGUCGACGCGCGGCCGGCGGUCAAAAUGGCGCGGGUCAGCUCCAGGGGCGUGCUGAAGAUGUCGCCCCAGGUCCGGCACGACAUUCUGGAGCUUCCGUCCGGGUUUUCCGGCAUUCCGGCGGAAAGCGCCAGGAACGAGUCCCUGGCAGAGGGCGCGCGCUCAACCCCGGUGGAAGUGACCCGCAACGAAACGCGGACAGGGAGUGUUGGCGACCAGCUGGCAGACAAAGCGGAGGUUAGCGGUCGCCGGGCCGAAAUGCCGGUUCUGGGCGACACCGUUCCGUCCGAAAAGCGGGAGCCGGAACGUAAAGGAACGGAAGUUAGCGUCCAAAAGAUAGGAUCGGCUGUAGUAGAGAGGGUGAUUGAUGGGCAACGUCCGUUGGCAAGAGACGAAUCGAUUGAAAGCCAAGACAUGCAGGUUCCGGUGGUGAUCCGGGCGGAAAACGGAAUGCUGGCAGGGGAACGCGAGAAGCCAAGGAAGCCUUCCUUGGAGCACGCGGCAAGCCAGACGGAAGGCUCGAGCUGGGCGGCGGGAUCCCCCGGGAGCAGCGGAAGGGCGGGAUUCACCGGAAGCAGCGGAACGGAGGGAUCCCCCAACUGGAAGAGCCCCGGACAGUCCACGACGAGUGGAGGCGUAAGAAGAGAAGAGUCGGGGAGCUCGUUCGGGGGCGAUCCUCGGGGAGACAGCCGGGCUACUUCGGUCGGGUUGACGACUCUCAGCACCGAGGGGAGUGGUGACGUCAGCCAAGGCAAAGCGGUGGUCAUAAGCCAGGGGAGCUUGACGGAGUCGGAGGGAUUGGUAAAAAGUUUUUCCGAGACGAAUGAGACCCGCCCAGAUGCUUCGGUACGGACCGCGAGUAAGAGCGAGGCAUUUGAUGCCCCGGCGAGAGCCCCCCCGGUCGCAUUGAGCGAGAUCGAUGUGACCGGUACGGACAGCCCGACCGGUCUGAACAGAAGUUUCCCGCAGAAGGUGGCCAGCGCCUUCUCUUCCGCAGCGGAAUUCCUGCGGAAGCACACGCCCCGCGCAGAGAGCAGCCCCCGAGGGGCGGAGCCGUCGCCGCUCGGUGGAUCCCCCCGGGGAAGCAGUUCGUCCCGGUCGUCUCCCGUUGCCACGUCAUCCAUCCAGUCGGGCGGAUCCCCCCGGGGAGACCUCGACUCGCCCAACCGGGCGUCGUACCUGGCGGGGACACGUGGCAUCCAACAGCUGAGGGAGCUGAGAAAGUCGCAGGAGAAGAAUGCGGCGACCGUAUUGGUGUCGCCGCCCGCUUCCGUUCCGUCGGGCAAGCCGAUUCCGCGGCGGAACUCGGAGCCGCUGCUGUCGCGGCUCAGCACCGACGCGCUUGGCGCGCUCAAAACCCCAAACCCUCAGGCGUCCACCCCGUGCAAGCCCGGCCCCAGAAAGCUCAGCAGUUACGUCGAGGGGGGGUCGAUCAAGCACAGCCCACGUGUCUCAAACGGCGGUCACGUUGCCCCCCAAAGAGUCGAAAGCCAUGCACACCCCUCCGAAACUUCUGAAAGCCCCGGCCGCCGCGCCAAGCCGGUGGUGAAACCCUUAAACCUCCGCGCGUUGGCGGACGAGAGCGCGGGCGGCUGGGACCGCGGCGGUCUGCUCACUGGGCAGUCGGACCGGACGCCCGGACACUCGGACAGGACUUCUGGCCACGCGGACAGAACUCCCGGCCACUCCGACAGAACUCCCGGCCACUCGGACAGAACUCCCGGGUAUCCGGACAGAUUCACCGGGCAUUCGGACGCCAUUUCGGGGCGUUCGGACGCGACCGGCGGGCAUUCGGACAGGAGCCCCGCGCAGUCGGAAAGAACCCCCCGCGGGACGCGCCAGUCAACAGCCGGGGACUCGUACAUGGACAGCCUUCUGGAGCGGGAGCGGAAAAGAGAGGAGAGGAGGGCGACCACACCUCGGCCGGGCGCACUCCUGGUCGAGAACCGCGGAUCUCCGGGCGCUCACUUGCCCCCCAAAUCGCCCACCCCUCCCGGAAAGGGCUUCUCCCGGUCGCCCCUUCCCAGCCCCUCCUCCCGACUGAGCCCGCGCCUGAUCGGCACCCCGGUUCGAGUCGAAACCCCUCCGGUAGAGAAUCGGUACGCAGUCCAGGGGUCGAACCUUUUGCCCCGACGCGAGAGCAGCGACUCAGAAGACGGCGAACGGAAGCGGCGGUGGAGCGACGUCGGGGGAAGCGGAACGAGUCGGCGGAAUACGCGGGAGGCCGCUCCGGCCCCGGCGGGAGGGGAGUGGGAAGUGACGGCGCACGCGCUGAAGCUGAAACUAGCGGGGGCGGAAAAACUGGUGGAGGGCGCGAACAAGCUCGCGGCAAGAUUAUUUGAGGAGGCGGUAGGGAAUCGUUUGAAGCGCCUGUCGCGCAGCCCGAGCGCGGGGAACACCCCCCGGGGGGAGUCCCCGGGGGAGGCUGGUGUGAAUGGCCCGGCGCCUUCCGCCGGAGUCGCGAAAGCGGAAUCGCGGGCGGAACUGCUGAAGCGGCGCCCGAAGAAGACGAUCAGCAGCCCCCAGAUCCUGACCCCCGAGCAGCAGCAGCAGCUGAUGCGGAGCCACCUGCUGCGGAACGGCGAGGGCGCCGGAACCGGAAUCCCGCACAGCGGAUCGGAGGGCGACCUGCGGCGCCCGAAGGCGCGGGAGGCGGUCGCCCGGAGCGGGCUCAUCGCGGACGACACGGGCGGCGUUCCGGCGUUCGGUGGAGUCCGCCGGAAGAGCUCCGGCCUGAAUCUCAUCCGGAAGGAGAGCCUGGCCAACCGGGACACGUACUCGGCGCAGAUCGAGCGGAUGCGGGAGGAGUUUAAGGCGACCAGGGAGGUGAAGAAUGAGGCGGUGCGGUCGCUGCGAGGCUCGUCGUUUUCGAUGCUCGGGGUGGAUGAGUGGAACCGGGGACCGCUGAUGGUGAAGCCGCGGCCGCUGAGCGCCCGGCCGACAACGAUCAAGCUCCCGCCCAUUCUCGGGGACAAGCAUCCGAUCCGGGGACCCAUCAACGGCAAUUGACUUUUGCCACAUGGGCCGGUGGUCGAUAGACUUCAAAUGGCCAAUCGGAGGCUUAUGGAUGAAAUAGAGGUGUUCAACAAGAGGCCUCCCAAGUGAAAGUGGAUAUCAUGAUUUGGACGGCAAGGAAAAAGUAUUCGGGGCGGGUUGAUCGGUGGGAGAUCACUUUGAGCGAAACGUGACGUUGUAAAACGUCGGGAAAGCCACAGAAAGUUAGCGCAACUGUUGACAACGAGAAACGGAUCACUCUACGCAAGUAGGCUAUAGGAAAAGCACGCGUUUUAUACCUUAUACCUAGAUAGAAGACGAAAGUUACGUCACAAGAUGUUAACAGUGCAGAUUACUAGCAGCAGUAGCAGUAGAAUUGGGACCACGUUCUAGUUCAGAACUAAGAGCACAUCCUGAAACUGAUCAAAGGGACACUGGUGAGUAAGGACGGCCAC